UAGCCCCGCCCCCUCGGCCCCUCGUGCGCACGCGCGCGGUGCCCGCUCCCCGCAGCCAUCAUGGUGCUGGAUCUGGAUCUGUUCCGCGCCGACAAGGGCGGCGACCCCGCCAUGGUGCGAGACAUGCAGCGCAAACGCUUCAAGGACCCCGCGCUCGUGGAUGCCCUCGUGCGGGCGGACGGCGCCUGGCGGAGGUGCAGGUUCCGUGCCGAUAACUUGAACAAGCUGAAGAACCUAUGCAGCAAAACGAUUGGAGACAAGAUGAAGAAGAAGGAGCCUGUGGGGACAGAUGAGUCCGUACCAGAGAGUGCGCAGAACCUCGAUGAACUGACGGCUGACAUCCUAGGGGCUCUGCAGGUAUCACAGAUCAAGAAAGUCCGUCUCCUCAUUGACGAAGCCAUCCUCAAGUGCGAUGCCGAGCGCCUGAGGCUGGAGGCAGAACGUUUUGAGAGCCUGCGGGAGAUAGGGAACCUCCUCCACCCCUCGGUGCCCAUCAGCAACGAUGAGGAUGCAGACAACAAAGUGGAACGGGUGUGGGGCGACUGCAGCUGCAGGAAGAAGUAUUCCCACGUGGACCUGGUGGUGAUGGUGGAUGGUUAUGAGGGAGAGAAGGGGGCCAUCGUCGCAGGCAGCCGAGGUUACUUCCUUAAGGGUCCCCUGGUGUUCCUGGAGCAGGCCCUGAUCCAGUACGCCCUGCAGAGCCUCCGCGCCAAGGGCUACACUCCCGUCUACACCCCCUUCUUCAUGCGGAAGGAGGUGAUGCAGGAGGUGGCCCAGCUCAGCCAGUUCGACGAGGAGCUCUACAAGGUGAUUGGCAAAGGCAGUGAGAAGGCAGAGGACAGCUCCAUCGAUGAGAAGUACCUGAUCGCCACCUCAGAGCAGCCCAUCGCUGCGCUGCACCGGGACGAGUGGCUGAAGCCGGAGGAUCUGCCCAUCAAGUACGCGGGGUUGUCCACCUGCUUCCGACAGGAGGUGGGCUCGCACGGCCGUGAUACCCGUGGCAUCUUCCGCGUCCACCAGUUUGAGAAGAUCGAGCAGUUUGUCUACGCCUCACCCCACGACAACAAGUCUUGGGAGAUGUUUGAGGAGAUGAUCGCCACAGCCGAGGAGUUCUACCAGUCCCUGGGCAUCCCUUACCACAUCGUCAACAUUGUCUCAGGCUCCCUCAACCACGCUGCCAGUAAGAAGCUGGAUCUGGAAGCCUGGUUCCCUGGUUCUGGUGCUUUCCGUGAGCUCGUGUCCUGCUCCAACUGCACCGACUACCAGGCGCGCCGCCUGCGCAUCCGCUACGGACAGACUAAGAAGAUGAUGGACAAGGUGGAGUUUGUGCAUAUGCUCAACGCCACCAUGUGUGCCACCACCCGCACCAUCUGCGCCAUCCUGGAGAACUACCAGACAGAGGAGGGCAUCCGCAUCCCGGAGAGGCUCCAAGACUUCAUGCCCCCAGACCUCCGGGAGCUGAUCCCAUUCGUGAGGCCGGCGCCCAUCGAGCAGGAGCUCUCCAAGAAGCAGAAGAAGCAGCAGGAGGGGGGCAAGAAGAAGGCGGGAGGGGGCAGCGAGCGCGUACUAGAGGAGCAGAUGCAGAACAUGGGCGUCAACAGCGCCUGAGCCCUCGCUCCGCAAACCCGUAACCUUCGGGGCCUCCUGAAUUGUGGAAUCAUCAUCUCAGGCUGGGCUGCGCCCAUCACCUUCGCUUCAGAGCCUGGAUCAGGCUGGGGGGGGCACCUGGCACGGCCUGCCCCCCCAGCACGGGGCGCCGUGCUCCCCUGGCCAAAGGACUGACGCUAGCGGGGCUCCAGCUCCCACAGCGGGGCUGGGGACGCCUCCCACUCCACCCUCUUCCAUAGGGACCGAGAUGUCCUUUCCCUCGCUCCAAUAAAGCCAAGAACUGCU